AUGUUCUUGGCUCUUGAUAUAGAUCGAUACAACCUUACCAAUGCCACUGCAGACAACUUUUUGAAGGAUCUGAACCUCACUCAAGCAGGCUACAGUCUGGGUGACACCUUGUUCCGAGUGGGGUUCCUGAUCGCCGAACUUCCGUCUCAACUGGUAUCCAAACGACUUGGACCGGAUGUAUGGCUCCCACUGCAGAUGAUCAUUUUCUCCAUUAUCGCCUGUUCUCAAUUUUGGCUUUCCGGACGAGCUUCAUUCUUGGCUCCUAGGUUCCUCAUAUCAUUCUUCCAAGGAGGUUUCAUCCCAGAUGUUAUACUCUACUUAUCCUUUUAUUACACCAAGUCAGAAUUAGCCAUCCGAUUGUCCUUUUUCUGGGUUUCGAACUACUUGGCCAAUUUGAUAACCGCUUUCCUCGCUGUGGGUAUCCUGCAGAUGCGUGGAAUAGGAGGAUAUGCUGGAUGGAGGUUCCAAUUUUUAUUGGAAGGCUUACUUACUUUACUUGUCGGUGUGGCAUCAUUUUUUCUUCUUCCCGCAUCCGCCUCUCAAUCGAAAACGUGGUUCCGGCCUAAGGGUUACUUCACCGAUGAGCAAGUGAAGAUCAUAGUCAACAAAGUACUGCGAGAUGACCCUACCAAGAGUAGUAUGCACAACCGACAAGCUCUUCCAGUCAAGACUAUCUUCCGAUGUAUGGGCGACUACCAGAUGUACCCUCUCUACUUGAUUGGAAUUCUCUUCGGUAUCGGUGCUUAUCCUGUUCAGCAGUACUUCCAAUUAUCGAUGAAACAGCUUGGUUUCACAACUUUGCAGAGCAACUUGCUUAGUAUACCUAAUAUCGUGUGGUCAAUCAUCAAUAUUGUUGGUAUAACCGUCAUCUCCGAAGUGGUAAAUAGUAGAGCUAUGGUUUGUAUGGCGGAAGAUCUCUGGAUGUUACCUAAUUAUAUUGCUCUCUUAGCGAUACCCAAUCCCGGUGCAUGGACGUAUUUCGCCAUCAGUACUGUACUUUUGAGUUUCCCUUACGUACAUGCUAUCCAAGUCAGCUGGUUUAGUAGGAACGCCGGAUCAGUCGAAAAUCGAACAGUCUCUGCUUCGCUAUAUAACAUCUCGGUACAGCUAUCAGCUAUCAUUGGUGCAAACUUAUACCAAGCAAGCGAUAAACCUCGAUAUAAACAUGCCAACAGUGCUAUUAUAGCUAUAAUAUGCUUCAACCUGGUUGUUCUCUAUCCGGCGACAAGGUGGUACUAUAAGAGUCGAAACGCCAAAAGAGAGGCUGUAUGGGGGUCGAUGACAUCAGAACAGAAGAGUCGAUAUCUUGAGACUACAGGUGAUAAAAGUAACAAGAGGUUGGAUUUCCGUUUCGCAUAUUGA